CGGAGCUGCCCCAGGGUGGGGACGCCCCGUAUUUAAGUGAGCGGGACGGAGCUCCCCGAAACCAGCCCGCCCGCAGCACCAUGCCCAAGAAGUACAGCCUGGAGCUGGGUGACGUGGCCGAUCUAAAGCAGGAUCCGGGCCACCAAAAGGGUUCAACCAUGGGGAACCCCGACACGGACCAGAAGGCUUCCUAUGAAGAUGCCUCCGGGGAGCCCGGCGGAGUCGUCAGCACCGUUUCCAGCAGCAUGAACCCGCUGCAGCCACCGGAUGCUUCCUCUGAGGAGCCUUUCACCACCUACUUCGACAGCAAGAUCCCCAUCCCCGAGGACGAGAAGCAAUCCUGCUUCAGCUUCCGCAAGCUCUGGGCUUUCACGGGGCCGGGGUUCCUCAUGAGCAUUGCCUACCUGGAUCCAGGGAACAUCGAGUCCGAUUUACAGUCCGGGGCUGUCGCAGGGUUUAAGCUCCUGUGGGUGCUGAUGCUGGCGACGCUGAUCGGGCUGCUCCUGCAGCGCCUGGCGGCUCGGCUCGGAGUGGUGACCGGGCUGCACCUCGCCGAGGUCUGCAACCGGCAGUACCACAAGGUGCCUCGGAUUAUCCUCUGGCUCAUGGUUGAACUGGCCAUCAUCGGCUCCGACAUGCAGGAGGUCAUCGGCUCAGCGAUUGCCAUCAACCUCCUGUCUAUGGGCAAGAUCCCGCUGUGGGGUGGAGUGCUCAUCACCAUCGCUGACACCUUCGUCUUCCUCUUCCUGGACAAAUACGGCCUGCGGAAGCUGGAGGCGUUCUUUGGCUUCCUCAUCACCAUCAUGGCUCUCACGUUCGGAUACGAGUACAUCACAGUGAGACCCAACCAGCAGAAGCUGCUCCAGGGGCUCUUUGUCCCCUACUGCCAGAACUGUGGAACGCCGCAGCUGGAGCAGGCCGUGGGCAUCGUGGGGGCUGUCAUCAUGCCCCACAACAUGUACCUGCACUCGGCACUGGUCAAGUCCCGGCAAGUGAACCGUGCUAACAAGAGGGAGGUGCGAGAAGCCAACAAGUAUUUCUUCAUCGAGUCCUGCAUCGCGCUCUUUGUCUCCUUCAUCAUCAACAUCUUCGUGGUGACCGUCUUCGCCGAGGCUUUCUUUGAGAAGAACAACGCGGACGUGAACGCCGUCUGCGUCAACGCCAGCAGCCCCCACUCCUCUCUCUUCCCCAAUAACAACCAGACGCUGGAGGUGGACAUCUACAAAGGGGGUGCCGUUCUGGGCUGUUAUUUCGGCCCUGCUGCUCUCUACAUCUGGGCCAUCGGGAUCCUGGCUGCCGGGCAGAGCUCCACCAUGACCGGGACGUACUCGGGGCAGUUUGUUAUGGAGGGCUUCCUGAACCUGCGCUGGUCCCGCUUUGCGCGGGUGCUGCUCACGCGCUCCAUCGCCAUCACCCCCACGCUCCUGGUGGCCAUCUUCCAGGACGUGGAGCACCUGACGGGCAUGAACGACUUCCUGAACGUGCUCAUGAGCCUCCAGCUUCCCUUCGCCCUCAUCCCAGUCCUCACCUUCACCAGCCUGCCCAGCGUCAUGAACGACUUCGCCAAUGGCCUGUUCUGGAGGAUCGGGGGGGGGAUCCUGAUCCUCCUCAUCUGCAGCAUCAACAUGUACUUCGUGGUGGCCUACGUCAUGUCCCUCAACCACGUGGCUCUGUACGUGGGGGCUGCCGUGCUCAGUGUGAUGUACCUGUCCUUUGUGGCCUAUCUGAGCUGGCUGUGCCUGGUCGCGCUGGGAGCCUCCUUCCUGGCCUGCGGGACAAGGCACCACUUGGGCCUCGCUGCCUGCCCUGAGCUCUUCCUGCUCAACAACGUGGACACGGACACGCUCGUCGCCAGAUGAUUCCUGAUCCCUGAGGAUAGAACUGGUGUCAGUGGAAACCCGCCCUGGCUCGGGCUCAGCACCGAGCCGGGCUCACGCUGGGACCCUGAGCGCAGCCGGGGUUCGGACAAUGGGACCGGAUGGUCCUGGGAGCGCUGGGAAUUGCUGCGGAGCCGGAGCCGCCAACCCGGCUCCACAACCCCAACCUUGGGGCUUGCUUCCAGGUUC